CAAAGGCCAAGGAGAGUCGUGACUCGUGAACAAAGAGAAAAGGCCGAACUAAAAUCGAGGGGUGGACGGCGACGGGCAACCCGACCCGAGCGGCACGGAGCAGCGACACGGCGGAACAGGGAGCGAUGCGACCAUUUCAAAGCGCCUUUCUCGCCCCAUCUCCCUCCUUCUCGGGAGCCGAUGAGGAGUCAAUGCAAUCGCUGACCCUGUUCGCCACCACCACCACCAACGCCACCACCUCAUCGGAGAUGCACUCAAGCCUCAAGGGCGUCUUCGUUGUUAUGAUUAUCCUCCUCCUCCUCCUCCUCCUCAUUUUCCUCUUGGCCUGCCGCCCUUGGCGCUUCUUCCUCGCCGCAUCCUCUUCCUCCUCCGUCAAGAUAUCCUAUUUCAAGGGUUGGUUUUUCUGGUUAAAGAAAUUUGGAAUAUGGGUACAGAAGCUGGUGCAUUGGGCUAAGACUGAUAAUCUUGAAAGACCACUACUCUAUGAAAAUGUCGAUCAUCACUUGGGAGAAAGCUAUGAUAUGCCUGGAAGUUUUCCUGAGGCGUCAAGAAUUCAAAUUGAUGGAGACAUGGCCUCCACCAAAGUUCAUGGAUUUGUUAGAGGAAGUCAGUUUCAACCAAUUGACACUUAUCAAGCAGAUAGUUUGUCACUGGACAUUUCUGAUGAAGUUUUGCAAGACUUUCAACAAAUUGGCAGUACACUUAGGCAUUCAGUGAUACCAAGUUGCUCUUUAGAUGAGAGGAAUCUGAUCCAAGGAGAUUUUAGCUAUGAUACUGAGAAGCACAGAAGUCUAGUUUCUGCUUUCACAAAUCCAAAAAUUCUGCGAAGCAGCCUGACCUUGGAAGUCAUAGCUGGCCCUUCAUGUGGUCUUUGCUGUUCCAAGGAGUCAGUAGACUCAUCUAUGCUUCCUCUGACACUUGGAAGGGUUUCUCCAAAUGAUUUGUUACUGAAGGAUUCUGAGGUCUCAGGGAAGCAUGCAUAUAUAAGUUGGAACUCAAAAAGUCUAAGAUGGGAGCUUGUGGACAAGGGUAGCUUGAACGGAACUUUCUUGAAUUCUCAAGCUAUUCACCACUCAAAUUCUGGAUCAAGAAACUUCAGUGAUCCUAUUGAACUUGCAGAUGGAGACGUUAUUACUCUAGGCACUUCUUCUAAAAUUGCAGUCAAGAUUUCCCAGUUUGUUGAACAUCAUAAACCAGAUGGUGUGGGAAUUGCACGUGAUCCAAUGUUUGCACGACGAGGUGGUAAAAAGCUUCCUAUGGAAGACAUGUGUUGCUGCCAUUGUCCACUUAAUGGUGUUGAGCAGUUUGGCCUCUUUGGUAUAUUCGAUGGACAUGGUGGAGCUGGAGCUGCUAUAACUGCAAGCCAGAUGCUGCCAGAGAACCUGGCUUCCAUUUUAUCCAAUCAUAAAAGAAGUGCAAAGGUUCUAUCUCUUUGUGAUGCUUCAGAUAUUCUACAGGAUGCUUUUACAUGGACAGAAGCUGCUAUGAACCAUCAGUAUGAGGGUUGUACAGCAACAGUUCUCUUGAUUUGGUUUGACCAUAAUAAAGAACUUUUUGCACAGUGUGCUAACGUUGGAGAUUCAGCAUGUCUUAUAUGUGCUGAUGGAGAGCUGAUUCCUAUGACAGAGGAUCAUAGAGUUACCAGUCCGUCUGAACGUGCUCGCUUUUUCAAUGCAGGGAAACCAUUGAAAGAUGGUGAAUCACGGCUUUGUGGACUUAAUAUUUGUCGAAUGCUUGGUGACAAGUUUUUGAAAGAACAAGAUGACCGUUUCAGUUCAAAACCACACAUAAGCCAGGUGGUUCCAAUUAGGAAAACAUCCACUGCAUUUGCAUUGAUGGGAAGUGAUGGACUAUGGGAUGUAAUCACCAUGAAGAAGGCAGCGCGGUUUGUGCUCCAGGAAAAACAGGAAGUCAACAAAGAUCAAAUCUCUGCAGAUGUAAUCGCCAACAAUGUGUUGAAUGAAGCUAGAACCUUGAGAACAGAGGACAACACAACUGUCAUCUACUUAGAUUUUGAUGUUUUGAGAACAGGAUCUUGUACCAUUGAAGUGUGAUCAUACAAGUUCCCCAAUUCCGGCAUUUCUUCAGCAUUUCUUUUCUAGUUGACAGUUUCAUGGCUUUUGAUAAUCAGUUAAGCUGCUUCAAAGUCAGUUUUAGGCAACAAUUACCCCAGACAAGGUGCUUUCCAGUUUUUAAAUUGGUGUGCUACUCUACAAAUUGCCAUGUUCAGACCACAUUGAAAGCAUCCUUCUGGAUGUGUAUGAUGGAAGUAUAUCAGACGCAAGAAUCAAUGAUGAACGUUCGUUAUUUUUUACGAAAAAGAGUAUCCUUGGGCACUUAUAUGCACAGGCAGUAGGGAGAUGCAGGUCAAAAGAGUCCAAGGUGCUUCUCUUCUCAAAAGGAUUGCACAUGUAGGGACUUUGAUUCACAAAGGUUUCUAGUGGCAGUUCAAGAUUCUAUGAGUUUACAGCCAACCAAGCUAGGAGUUAAUAUAGGUUUCAAAGUCUUAAAGCCAUUAAACAAGAACUGGGUAGAGGAGUAUUUGUAUAUAUAAGUUUUUGAGGGCAUUACAUUUCUUAUUUGUCACUUUAAAUGCAUAUUUCUAUUAUUUUUCCCUAUUUUUAAAAGGUACAAUGCUUUUAUUAUUAGCAGACAUCAAUCAUAAUUAAUUAACUGCUUAAUUUCCUGA